AGAAGCCGAAGGCGGCAGAACCAAACAGACAUGGCCCAGCAGAGCGACUCCUACUCCGCCUGCAAGCGGCCCUCCGACACCGUCCGGCUGAAGAGGAAAAGAGCCCGAAAUGCAGCGGAGAGUCCCGCGGAGAGCGGCUCUUCUCCGGCCUCUGCUCCAGGUCCCCACGGCGGCUCCAGGAGCAGAGGCAGCCGCAGGAACCCCUUCGUGACGUGGGAGACCGCGCUCAGCCGCCCCACGAAGGUCUUAGUGGUGGAGGAGGACCGGGGGGACCGGGAGGAGAGGUCCGCUCUGCUGAGGCUGAUGGCCGCGGAGAGGACAGCGGGGGACCGGCCACCCGGAGCCCGCGGCGCUCAGAAAAGCCUCCCUGAAGACGUUUCUCUGCUGGAAACCCAGGAGCCAGAUGUUCUGCUGUCGGAGAAGCUGCCGGCCAGUCCUCCCAGCAGCUGUGCGGAGUAUCCGACCGACUGGAGCCUGAAAACCCGGGCGCUCUUCACCUCCCCGCUGUCGUUGUCGUGGACGGAGCAGCCGAAGGCCCAGGAGGAGGCGGCGGGCCUCAGCAACAGCUGCAGAGCUCGGUUUGACGCUCUGCCGGAGGAUCUGGAGGAUCCCCGGUCCUGGUCUGAGGUCCGGUCCGCCUUCCAGCGGUGUCUGGUGUACUGGCAGCACCCGUCUCUGCCCUGGCUGUCCCUGUUCCCCAGGAUCAACGCCGAGAGGAACUUCUCUGGAAGGAGCGCCCCCUGGAGUCAGGAUACGACGGUGCAGGAGAGCCUCAUGAAAGAAUGGUCCAUCAGUUUGUCGUCUCUGUACAGCCUUUUAAAGGCAGGUCUGUGUCCGUACUUCUACGUCUGCUCCUAUCAGUUCACAGCGUUAUUCAGGACAGCAGGUCUCGCUGGGUCAGACCGCAUAACCGCCAUCAUUUCUCCCACAACGCACGGUCUCAGGGAAGCGAUGAAGACUGAAGGUGUGGAGUUCAGCCUUCCUCUGCUGAAGGAACGGAGCGGGGUCAAUGAGCAACUCAAAGUUCAACAGAGAGGAGAGGAGGAUGAUGAGGAAGAAAAAGAUCUCUUCCAGGUUGAGGAAGACGAUCAGAAAGGUGAUGGAUCCAGUCUAAAAAGAGAUGACAGCCUGUCUUGGCUAAAGGAGAUGGGAAUCCAGGACAAACUAGGGAAGCCUGAGUCCAUCAGCAUACAGAUACAGAAAGAAGGUCAGAGUCUUACCCUGGACCACAGACCAGAGUCUGCAGUGUGUGUGGAGGGGGCGCACACCUUCAACCUCAUCAACUUCCUGAUCAACUGCCGGAGUGUUGUGGCUGCGGCCGGAUCUCAGACUGGUCUGCCACCGACCCUGCUGGCCCCCACCGCCUUCAGAGGCGCUACCAUGAAUGUGCUGAAGGGCCGCAGUGUGAAUGUGAAGAACUUGGUGGAUUAUAGCUACCACAACAUUAGCAGCCUGGAGCUCACAGGACCCAUCCUCCCUUCUUCUCUUCAUGCCAUCACAACUCUUCUUCAAACUGCACAAAAAGGCAACUUCUCUGCCGCUCUUUACACCCACACGCCGACUGCUGUCAUGAACAUAAAGACAUGUGAGGCUCAGGUAAGAUGUUUAUAGAUUCAAAUGAAUGAACACCUUCAUUAGAAAAAUAUCGAAUCAGGGCGGAGCAGAUUUCAAAGUUCUUCACAUGACGUUUGGUAAGAAAAGAUAAAGUAAACCGCUGUUGCAUCAUUAAGACAAGUUUCUUCUGAUUUAAGAGCCACACUUUGUUGACCUGGGUUGUUGAAGUCAUGAUGAGGCUGCGAUCAUUGGAAGGAGAGGAUUCUAGAGACUGAUGUCCUGUCUCUCUGCUCAGCGAAGGCUCUUCUAUAGACAUACAUAGACGCCUCAUUACAUGUUGUUGGCAGCGAGGCAGACGGCGCUACAGGGCAGCCAUCUUGGGUCAGACCACAGUUCAAACAGCUGGGUCAGAAUGUAUAGGAGGCGCCUUAGAUCUGAUUUUAAUCACAAGGAAGAUGAGUCAGAGAUGAUAUCACAAUAAUCUCUUACAUGUCAGAGACCCCUAAAAGACCAAAACACAUUUUAUUAUGACCUUUCAGUCAGAUUACACACAAACUACAAAAAAUCUAAAUACCAUAUUUCCCAGACUAUAAACCGCCACUUUUUUUUCUCACGCUUUGAACCUUGCGGCUUAUAAGAAGGUGCAGCUUUUUCUUAACCCCCAGAGGGGGAAGAGAAUAAGGGGCUAAUUUCCAUGUAACACAGGAAUGUGCUAGUAGCACGCACGACGGAGAACAAAUGUGCCGAAUUCACACAUUUUUACAUAUAUUUUCUGAAUCAAAGCUGCCGAACCAAUGAAGAGACUGGGCUCAACUCCUGCAGAGCUAAGAUAAAGAGCUGAUGAAGCUCCAUCUUUCAUCAGAAGCUCUUACUGCUGUGCGAUAACAAGCUAACGGGAGCUAGCAUUCUUCUUCGUCCCAGGGGCCCCUCGCAG